CGCUUUCUUUUUCAUUUUUUCGUUAUUCUGCCUCGCCCAAAAAGAUUAGAAGAGCAACAACACUCGUUGUUUGCCCAUUUUCAUAGCCAAGCACCACAUAAAACAAACGCGCGCACACGCGCAUACACGUGCGAACACGCACAAACUCUCUCUCUCUCUGUCUCUCUCUCUCUCUCUCGUCUUCUGAUCUCGUAGUAGACAUACAGGACCAGACCUUGGGCGUUCUGGAGGGAGUGAGGGCGGAGAGAUGUCUGGCGAGCUGGUGUAUGUGGAGCACUGCAAGGGGAUUAAUGGCCUCGACAAGGUGGUUCUCAGAGAGAUCCGAGGCCAUUCUGCUGAGGUAUAUUUGAAUGGUGGUCAGGUUAUGUCUUGGAAGAAUGAACACAAGGAAGAGUUGCUUUUUGUUAGUAGUAAGGCUAUUUUUAAGCCUCCUAAGGCUGUACGUGGAGGAAUCCCUAUUUGUUUUCCUCAGUUUGGAAGUCAUGGUACUCUUGAGCAGCAUGGCUUUGCUAGGAACAGGGAGUGGAGCAUCGAUCAUGAUCCUCCCCUGUUUCCAACGAACAGCGGCAGUAAAGCUUUUGUUGAUUUAAUCCUUAAACACUCAGAAGAUGAUGUGAAGAUCUGGCCUCACAGAUAUGAGUUUCGCUUAAGGGUAACCCUGGGACCUGGAGGGGAUCUGAUGUUGACAUCUCGCAUCAGAAACACCAACACUGAUGGAAAAUCAUUUACAUUCACAUUUGCCUACCAUACCUACUUCUCCGUUUCUGAUAUCAGUGAAGUGCGGGUAGAAGGAUUGGAGACACUGGAUUAUCUGGAUAACCUACAAAAUAGAGAGCGGUUUACUGAACAGGGGGAUGCAAUAACAUUUGAAUCAGAAGUGGACAAAAUAUACCUUGGUACACCUACAAAAAUUGCAAUUCUGGACCAUGAAAAGAAGAGAACAUUUGUAUUACGGAAGGAUGGACUUCCAGAUGCUGUGGUUUGGAACCCCUGGGAUAAGAAGGCAAAGGCGAUGGCUGAUUUUGGGGAUGAUGAGUACAAGCAUAUGCUCUGCAUUGAAGCUGCUUGUGUAGAAAAACCCAUUACUUUGAAACCUGGGGAAGAGUGGCGAGGAAGACAGGAGUUGUCUGCUGUUCCUUCUAGUUAUUGUAGUGGCCAGCUUGAUCCCCAAAGGGUUCUUCAAGGAAGCUAAUGGAUUAGCUGGUCAUGCAUCUCUUGUACAGUGAAGGUACAUCUGGAAAAAAAAAAAAAAAGGAGAGGCGGCAGUGGAGAAUACUACCAUGAGAAUGGACAGGAUGCAGUCUAUUUAUAACACAAGCAACCUUCAACUUGAUUGGUGAUUCAAAAUGGAAGAAUGCCAUCAUAUAGGCUUUUCUAAAGCAUUGAUCGUCCUUAGUUCGUGCAACCCCCUGGAAGUGCUGCAGGCAUGGAUUCAGACUUUGACCGUUUUGUGCAACCAUUUUCUCUGGGUUGACUGGUACAUGUUAGUGUUGUUUGGGUGGAUAGUUUUUCUUUUUGGCUGGGCCAAAAGGUUAAGAGGGGUGGCUAGUUCAUGGGAACCAAUGCCAAAGGUGACAGAUGGACAAGCCCAUAAGCGGAUUACAGGCCCUCCCUUAGGGCCAUGGCAAAUGCAACCUCAACUUUGUGCAGCGCCACUGAGGGCAAAGUGGUAGAGCUGGAUGCCCUGAGAUUAAAGGUCACGAGUAAAAGAUCAAGUCAUGCUGCCAUUCAAUCAUCUAAUGCCUAGUCUUACCUCAAUUUCAUUGCUACAAUUGUAGAAAUUUAUUGAAAAGUGUCCUCUUGAUUAAGUAUUUAAAACAUUUUGGCAAUUAACAUAAUCUUCAUACUCUGUAGUUAACCCUUGCUAGAAAAACAAAACUACCGCCUUGCAGCCUUAAAUAACAAUGCAAAUUUAUGCAAUUAUAAUGCUUAUGUGGAGUCUUUAAGAGUACCUUUAUCUCAUAGGCAUUCAAGCAAUGGAAUGAUUUUAGCUUUAAGAGUUCAAAUUUUGCUUGAUUUUCACUUUUAAUGGAAAAGAUUUUCUUGUUUCAGGGACAGUCAAAUCUGUUCUUGUUAUUUUCUUCCCUAUAAUCUGAGAAUGAGUAGCACUAAUUGCAAAAAAACAUGGUAUUCUGCAGGUGCUCUUGCUGCAUUUUGGAUUUGGUGCUUUGAC